UCGCCGCCGACCCUCGGCACCGAUCGCCGUUGUGUGCCGAUGAGUGAGGACAGAGCUCGCCCUCUCCCCCCCCAACUCCCCGCAAUCAGUACGGGUCCGUCUCGUCCUUCCCCGCCCCGGGUCCCCUUCAUCUCCCUCCGACUCCUCUCCUACCCUCACACCCGGCCCGGCCCCUCCUUGCCACAAGCUUCCGCCCUAAUUCCAGCAGCCUCUCACCCCACUUGUCGAAACCUUGCCCUGCUGUAACUGUUCUUGCCCUUCUCCCUAAAAGCCAAGUUUUCCAGCUCCUCGCCCACCCUCUGUCCAAAUGGUGAGAGUCUGUUGGCCCCUCUGCCCAAAAUCCAGAGCAGGGUUUGUGGGUCUUGCCUGCAGCAGGAUUGAAGGCUUUUGUCUGUUAACCACCCUACCAUUACCCCCUCCCCCCACCCACUGCCCAUCCAGCUUGCUUGGAUGUGGCCAGAGUGGUGUUUUGAAAGCCCUGUAUGUUGAGCACCAACCAUCACAUAGGUGUGUGGGGUGAGAAUCAGAGGUGCCACCAGAGUGAGACCCCAGAAAUCCCGAAUGGGGAAAAAAGGGGGUUGGGUGAUUCAUUCGGACUGACCGUUUUGAUAUCCGACUUGAUCCAUGGAGCAUUGCAAGACCAAUAGGAAAAGGCUGCGUGGAGAUUCUGUGACAGAUCUCUCCGAGUUCAGUCGUCCUGUUCUCAGUGAGAUUGAGGAGCUGUUUAAUAAAAUAAUCACUUUUCAGAAGCCGCAUGGCAAUGAGUGGACUCUGCCUGAUGUCCGAGAUGUCCAGACAGGGCAGUGCCAGCGGUCCAAGAGGCUGGAGUCCCUGAAGGAGUCGCUCAACCAGGUGAAGAAUGAGCUGAGUGACAAGGAGCUGGAGAAGUGGCAUGAGCACACCAGCUUCACAAACCGGUCUGGGAAGGUGGUUCCUCAUGUCAGGAGGACCAUGAACGCUGAACUGUGCACGCAGGCCUGGUGUAAGUUUCACGAGAUCUUACGCACAUUCCCCUUGCUCCCAGUGGAGGCCCUUCGCAACGGGGAGCUGAACUCUGUGCACCUCUGUGAGGCUCCUGGAGCUUUCAUCACCAGCCUCAACCACUAUUUGAGGUCCAACCAGAUACCCUGUGACUGGAGCUGGGUGGGGAACACUCUCAACCCCUACCACGAGGGCAAUGACACCGGCAUGAUGAUAACGGAUGACCGGCUGAUCGCAGGCACCCUGCCUUGGUGGUACUUUGGUCCUGAUGACACUGGUGACAUUAUGGACCCGCAGUAUCUCCAGGGUCUGACAGAGUUUACGCGGAACAUGAAGAGCAUCCACCUGGUGACGGCGGAUGGCAGCGUGGAUUGUCAGGACAACCCUGGUGAGCAGGAGGUUCUGGUAGCCCCCUUGCACUACUGUGAAGCCAUCUCCGCCCUGAAGCUGCUGAGCCCUGGCGGCUCGCUGGUGCUGAAGAUGUUCACCUUAUUUGAGCGCUCCUCAGUCUGCCUGCUCUACCUGCUCAACUGCUGCUUCAACAAGGUUCACGUCUUCAAGCCGGGCACCAGCAAGGCGGGCAACUCCGAGGUCUACGCUGUCUGCCUGGAGUACGCAGGACAAAGAUCGCUGGGGGGCCACUUUGAGCAGCUGGUGCAGAGCUUCGGGCCGGAGGUGGUGGGGGAGGCAGUGGUGGCCCGCGUCCCUGUCCCGCCCUCCUUCCUGGGCCAGCUGGAGGAUUGCUGCCACUUUUUCCACCAGCUCCAGACCGGCACCAUCCGGGAGAAUCUGCGGCUCUUUGGGAAGACAGACUCCCAGGUGGCCAGUCUGCUGGCGGAGAAACGGGACUGCGCCGCCAGCUUCUACCUGAACCGGUUCUGCCUGCGCCCUCUGUCCCGGGAUGCCUGGGUGUUGAAGGGGCCAGGGGCCGUCCGGGGACUGUCCAGCAGGCUCUUGGCCCAGGGCAGGAAGCAGCACACCGGCUCCUACAACGAGAGGCAGGAGCUGGCUCGGCAGGGCUGGCAGCAGCGGGUGCGCAGAGGGUACCUCGGACCUGAUGUGGAUGGGCACAGCCAGCGUCCCCUGGAGAAUCCCUACAUCCUGCAGGGAGCGGAAGGGCACCCCGACCCACUGUCCUGGUACGUGUUGGAGGGCCGUGGUCUGAGCCGGCUGGCUAGCUCCCCCUUCUGCCAGCCGUGGUUGCUGCGGGAUCUAAACGAGGCGCUGGUCACGUGCCAGGCUGCUCCCGUUGCCCACUGCCCCUCCUGCUGCUCCUACACUGGGCAGCAAGUGCUCACGCAGCUGGCCCUCAUGAGGGAGCAGCUGGGCGACCUCACAGUGAUGCCGUGCCCGCCCUGGGAGUGCCUGGUGAUUGGGAGUCUGGAGCACUAUCCAGCCCCAAGGCAGUCCAGUGGCGUCCAGCUACGGCAGUGCCAGUCUGUGCCCCCACCCCCUGCCCGCUGCACUGAGCUCCAUGAUGGGGACCCUGGCUACCAGCGGUGGCUACUGGGGGCCGUCCUGGAGGCAGUCACAGAGAGCACUGAGAACGGUGCCCUGGUCCUCCCCCUCCUUUCCUGCUUCACCCGCUUCACGGCGGGUUUGGUGUUCGUGCUCCAACACUGCUUCCGUGCCUUGUCCUUUGCCAGCCCCACCUCCUCAGAUGCCCUGGGGCACCUGGCUGCCCUCCUGUGCGUAGGCUUUUGCCGUCCCCCUAGCCAGCUGGUGGAGUUCCUAAGGAGGAUGCAGGGCCAGCUGAGCGAGAGGCCAGAGUCUGGGAGCGAGCAGUCCCGGCAGGUGCUGCAGUUUGUGCCCAUGGAGCUGCUAAUCAACGGGCCCCUGCCGGAGUUCCUGAGUGCGGUCAACCUUGCCAUCACCAAGCAGAGACUUCACCUGGCGCUCCAGACCACCACGUAGAUCAGCGUGUUCCGGACUGCACGAGGCGACCACACGGCAGCAUUGGUCCGCUGGAGCAGCUUGUCCGCCAGAAUUCACCGGAGGCAAGGGAAUCCUCCAGAGGCGUCCAGUCACAAGGGAGUUGCACGGCAGCUUCGACCAAAGGGGGUCAGGGUCCACAAUGGUCCUAUGGCCCAGUGUUGGCUUCAUGGGGCAGACUCACCUGAAGAGCUCAGAGUGCAGCAUGCAAGGUGUGAACGCAGGCUGACUAAGAUCACAGAGCUGGGCGUCAUCGUAGGGCUCUGAUCCAAGCUGUCAGAUAUUUAGCCGAAAGACAUUGGGAGGGAGUGGGGAGUGUUCCACCUUGUGAUGGGUGUGGUGCCUGGGAAUUGCAUGGAAAAUGUGACGAGGUCAGUCUGGAGAUGUUGAGCUGUGUGCUGUUUGCCCUGUGGAAUGAGGAGUCUGAUCAGUCAUUGUGUUUGUGUAAAUAAUUAUUUCACACACCGGGGACCACAUUGCAUCACAAUGUGGCUCAUGAGCCAGGUGUGACUUGGUGAUGGUGUUAGGAGCAGGGACGGCUGUAAACUUGCCAGGGACUCUCUUCCACAAAUGAGCGAUUACAUUUUGGAAUUCAUUUAUUCUUGUGUUUCAAGUCCAGCAGAUAUGUGAAGGGCAAGCAAUGUGGGAAAGUUGUGUCCAGCUGUCUCUAGGAUUUCAACUCGGCCACGAGUUGGGAAUCACUGGUUUGAUUUAUCUGACUUCCUUUCCCCCAUUACUCCAAUGGAAUAGGAAAUGACUUUAUAGGAAUUGAGUGCGUGUUUUACCAAAUGAUAGAAUCUAUGGUAUGAAUUACAAGCCUUGCAGCAGUGAAAUUACUGUCCUAUCUCUCAUUAUCCUUGUUUCCUGUACAACACAGAUGCUUAGUGUGCACUCCUAUGCAGCACUAUCCCAUUCCAACUAUUUGUAUCUCAGUAGUAGCAGCUGUUAUUUUUGCAGUUUAGUGGGGCUGGUGAGGUCUGAGGUGCAUACCAAAAGUCAGGAUGGUUCCUCUUCACUGUGUGAGUAUUGUUCAACAAUCCUCUGCAGGAUAUGGGCCAAACGCAGGUAGGUGGGACUAAUGUAGAUAGGACAUGUUGGUCGAUAUGGGCAAGUUGGGCCGAAGGACCUGUUCCCACGCUGUGGCCACUACAACUCCCAUGAUUAGUUGUAUAGCAGUGAUAUAAUCAUAAGUUAUAGAAACAUAUUAGACCAUUCUGCCCAUCAAGUAUACCCUGCCAUUCAAUCAUGGCUGAUCUACCUUUUCCUCUCAACCACAUUCUCGUGCCUUCUCCCCAUAACUGCUAACGUAUGUACUAAUCAAGGAUAUAUCGAUAUGACAUCCACAGACUUCAGUGACAACAAAUUCCACAGAUUCACCACCCUCUACUAAAGAAAUGCCUCAUCUUUCCAAAUGUGCGUCCUUUUAUUCUGAAGCUGUGGCCUCUGGUCCUAGACUCUCCCACUAGUAGAAUCAUCCUCUCCACAUCCACUCUUCGAGGUCUUUUAGUAUUAGGUAAAUUUCAAUGCGGUUUCCCCCCCACCCCCACCCCCCAUCCCCUCAUCCUUCUAAACUCCAGCGAGUACAGACCCAGUGUUGUCAAACGCUCAUCAUGUGUUAACCCAAUCAUUCCUGGUACCAUUUUUGUAAACCUCUGGACACUCGCCAAUGCCAGCAUAUCCUUCCUCAGAUAUGGGGCCCAAAACUGCUCACAAUACUCCCACAAUAUAACAUUUAAAACAUUUCUAUGUUUAAAACAUUAAAUAAUUAUUUUAGAAAACGUUAUCUUCAGCCCAGUAUCUGGCGCACCAGCAUCUGGUGUAACAGUUUAUUGUCUUGCCAUAAAAUGCCAGUGUUAAACUUAAGGUGCAUAAUGUUAAUCUUUAGCAUAAAGAGAGGGCCAAGGCAGGAGUUGGAAUAAGAGCCACGUCUCGUACUGUGGUAUCGCUUGUGCUGACCUUGUGAGAACACUGAACAAUGCUAAUUUGAUUUUCGGAAGCAAGAUGUUUAGUCAGAACUAACUCAGAACAGAAUAAUGAAGCUUCGAGAGAGGAAGCAUAAAUAUUUCAGGACGUCGGGCCGUUCUUCAAAGCCACGUCAUCUCCUGUUGUGUAGGACAUGCAACUGCAAUUCUAUGAACACCAAAACCAUACAAAUUGCUCCAGGCCAAAUGGAGGAACCAGUUUUGUGAUUGAGAAAUACAUUUUGGCCACAGGGCCAGGGAUUCUUUGGAGCCAGUUUGAGUUUAUCUGCGAUCCAAAGGGCAGGAGAAAUGGACGAUGUUUUGGCAGGGAAUACUGGUGGUUGGAAAGGGAUGAUGCUCAAAUGUGGUAGAGACUAAAACACUUGUUUGGUUGCAGGUAUCUGAAGCUUGUGAUCCUUGGGGGAGAGAUAAAUAGAAGAGCAGAGUAGUGUUUGCUUCUUUGAGUCUGUAAGAGAGCUUUCUUAGUGCAGAGUUUGGGUUGUGUAGCACAGAUGAAAACCAACUAGACUGUUGGUCCUUUGUCAACUGUGAAAUACCACUAAUUUGUUUUCCUGGUCAGUCUGCAGCCCAUAUCAGUGCUGCCUGAAUUUCUGGCUGUAAGAGGGUAAUCUGCCAGGCCAGUGCAUGGGGAUUCUAUUGGGAUACUGAGCACUUUAUAGAGAACACCAGUAUCAGAUAACCAGCCCUUCCAGUUUGGGUUAGAAGGGAUAAUUUUGAUAGACGCAUCAAACGGUGAUAUUAGCUCAAUUUUUCCUAUCUGCAUGGAUGCAGUCUGACCUGCUGCGUUUCCCAGGAACUUCAAAUCAAAAUACUCAGUAACUGGGAGUUUGUUUUGGGGUUUGAAUAGCCAGUGAUUACUGAUGAACCAUAUAAAGAUCGAUCCCAUAGUGUCCCAAGAAGAUAUUGAUGUCCAGUAGUGGUUGGGAUGUGUCUGGCACUGGAUAUGGCUUGGUAGCACCAUGAUACCACUUGACUACAUGAGAAAUGCAUUCUGUGAAUGAUAAGGGACCUCUUUCUUAUUGUUUAUUACUUUCAUUUGUUUUAUGUAAAAUAAUUUUUCGUUUUUUCAAAAGUGCACUUUAACAUACCCUUUGGAGCUGAAAAGGAAAUCAAUAAAUCCUGUGGGAGAUAAAUAUUCCUGUUUUGACGUUAAUGUUAUUGGUUGGAGAAUGUUUUCAUCUGAAAUAAAAAUGGCUCUAUAUUCAGAGAUUGAAAUAACCAUGUACAACUAGUUUUGUUUGUAUGGAGAACCAUUAAAUGUCUUCAGAUUUACACAA